AUGCCGCUUCAAUUCAUCCGGGGUUCCAUCGAGUACGGCCUCCCGGCGUGGUUUCCGGAGCCAUGGCAUCUCCUCAAAAUUAGCACCGCCGUCGCGGCCUUGGGCCUGGUCAAGUGGUACACCAGCGGCGCGAGGAACACGACCGAGAGGAACAUGUACGGCCGGGUCGUAAUGGUCACCGGCGGCACGUCCGGCAUUGGCGCAGAGGUGGUCCUGGAUCUCGCAGCACGGGGCGCCCAGAUCAUCCUCCUGACCCAGCUGCCACCGACCGACCACUUCCUCGUUGAAUACAUCGACGAUCUGCGGGCGAAGACCAAUAAUGACAUGAUCUAUGCGGAGCAGGUCGAUUUGUCUUCACUGCACAGCAUCCGUCAGUUUGCGACGAAGUGGAUCGACAAUGCGCCGCCGAGAAGAUUGGACAUGGUGAUACUCUGCGCGGCGACGCUCACGCCGCCGGGCAAGAAGAGGACAGAGACGCCAGAGGGUGUGGAGAGUACGUGGAUGAUCAACUACCUAGCAAACUUCCAUCUGCUGGGGAUUCUAAGCCCGGCGAUCCGAGCACAACCGUUCGACCGCGAUGUACGCAUACUCAUGACGACGUGCUCCUCCUACAUAUCAUCGCCUCCUCUCAAGGAUGCGCACGUUGCCCUGGAAAAGAAGGACUGGUCACCAGGAAGCGCCUACGGAAGCAGCAAGCUGGCGCUGAUGACUUUUGGGCAAGCGUUUCAGAAGCACUUGGAUGCAUACAAGAGACCAGAUCAGUUACCCAUGAAUGCUCGUGUGGUAUUUGUCGACCCUGGACUGUCGAGGACACCUGGGAUGAGGCGAUGGCUCACCCGCGGCUCGCUAUGGGGCUUGUUCGUUUACCUGCUGUUUUACUUCUUCUCUUGGCUCUUCUUGAAAAGUCCAACUAUGGGCGCACAGUCCGUCUUGUUCGCUGCCAUGAGCGAGGACCUCGGACGAGGAGCUGGCGGAAAGCUUAUUAAAGAAUGCAUGGAAGUCGAUCUAGCAAGGAAAGAUGUGAAAGACGACGAAGUUGCCAAGAAGCUCUGGGAGUCGACCGACAAGCUCAUCGAGAAAGUAGAGAAGCAAGCCGCCCAGAAGAGAGCCCUGCAAAAAAAGGAGCGUGAGCAGCAAGAAAAGGAAGACAAAGAAGCUGAGAAGGCCAAGGAGGUCGAGGCUCUAGUAGAUACUAUCAAGAAAGGCAAGCAAAAGGAGGCGCAAAAGGCAAAGGCCAGAAAGAAGGUCCAAUUUGGAGGGAAAGCGGUGCCUUGA